AUGCUGGCCGCGACCUUGACUACGCUUACACCGCGGAUGCGCUUCAACUUCACGAAGCCGAACAUAGAGAACUUGGUGUUCAAGAUGCACUACAAAGUGACGGUGACCAUGCUCCUGGCGUUCGUCAUACUGGUGUGCGCGCGCGAGUACUUCGGGGAGCACAUCAAGUGCAUAUCGGACCAGGGCGUGCCCGACCACGUCAUACAGACCUACUGCUUCUUCAUGGCCACGUUUACGAUCGUCCGACACUACAAUGAGAGUCUCCUGCAACACGGCUUCUUGCCUCACCCUGGCGUGGGUCCUAUAAUGGAAACGGAUAAGACGCUCCACCACACCUACUACCAAUGGGUGCCGUUCGUGCUAUUUAUCCAGUCGAUAUGCUUCUACAUGCCGCAUUACAUCUGGAAGAAGAAAGAAGGUGGAAGGAUCAGGGCUCUUGUCGACGGGUUGCAGUAUGCCGGUCUCGCGCUCCAUUCCGAAGAAAUGAAGGCUGGCGCGAUGACUGUACCGUCCAGGAAGACCAUAGAAAACCAAGUCGACCUCAUCAGGAAAGAUAUUAUAUUGAGGUUGCGUGUAACCCGCACGUGGUCAACGUGGCUGGUGUCCAUGGAGGUGGUGAACCUGUUGCAUCUGAUGUUCCAGAUUUGGAUGAUUGACGUGUUUCUUAACGGGGAGUUCAUCAGCCUGGGCUCAAACGUACUGUCCUACAAGGAUUGGGAGCAGAUCUCCGAUCCGCUGGAGACGAUAUUUCCAAAAGUGACCAAGUGUUUGUUCCAUAAGUACGGUCCGAGUGGCUCUAUACAGCAGCACGACGCACUCUGUGUUAUGGCUCUCAACAUCAUCCACGAGAAGAUUUACACAAUCUUGUGGUUCUGGUUCCUCUUUCUCUUCAUUGCCUCAUUACUCGCCGUUAUUUGGCGAGUGAUCUCCUUCUUCUUCUACCGCCGCUCGCUCAAGUUCAACCAGCUCGUGUUCCGGAACGUCACUGCCGGCAAGUUCAACCCCCACAACGUGAUCAGGGUCGUCAACGGCUGCGAGUUUGCCGACUGGCUGUUCCUCUACUACCUCGCCAAGAACAUGAAGAGCUCCGUCUUCCAGGAACUGUACGUACGUCUCGCCGAGGAGUUGGAGAAGCGGGAGCUGCCGUACGAGCAGGACGGCCACGAGGAAAAGGGGGCGGAGCCGGUCCUGGUCAGCAAGGUGGACUACGCGGACGAGACUCUACCUCUGAGGGAAAAGUCCGCG